GCAGCUCAAGCUAUCAAUGUCGAAAUAACCAUAAGUCAAGUAAAUCGAUCCCUGACUUAAGGCGAUCGGCAAAGCCCACACUAAAAGCUAUCCGUAUAUUACCCCUGCUAACGCUCUUCAGCUCAUUGCCUCAUUCCAUUUCCCUGAUCUUAAGAAUUCCUGCUGCGAAACCUUAAGCGGCAUUACUGAAACUCUAUUUCUCAAAUAAUACAUUUAUGACUAUGAAAUCGACAGUCGUUGAAAACUAGCUUAUAUAGGUGAACAAGUUGGUAACAUGACUGCUAAACGAAAUGUCUUAAACGUCCUAAAGUUCACCCUUUUUGCUACGGCAACCGGCGAGUUAUGAGAGGCAAAAUGUCGCACACGUGGUUUUCUAGACUGUUUGCGCGCAAUAUUGCAAGCUAAAUCUUGCGGAUUUGUAUUUGCUAGCCACAAAAUAGACAUCUUUAAGUCUGAAUCGGUUAACGAGUGCUUGUUAGUUUCGGUUUUUCGCUUGCUCCCAUCUCGUUACCUACGUCAGAGAGUUCUGGCAACCAGCUCCGUCCUUGUUUAUUACUAUACCACUUAGCUUUUAAAGCAGCAAUUCUCACUGUGUUCCUCGGUGAAAAGCUGAAAUCGGUUUUCCAUUAGCCAUGCCAGCAAACGUCCGUACGCCGCUUCUCCAGUCUGCCGGUCCCUUGGAGCCAUUUAUCACUACAGCAAAACAUAUCUUUGGUUGGUUAGCUUAUGGAUCAGGAAGUGGCCCUCAGGGUGUUUUCUCUGUUGGUUUUUUGAACCCGUUGCUGCUAAUGCAAAAUGCACACAAGCAUGGUGUCUUAGAAAGCGAUCUUGUUACACAGUGCUCUGUUUCUCCAACGGAACCAUGCGUCGUUCAGUUGUUUGGACUCUCGUGGGUUAAUACAAACUCUUUGGUUUUUGUAGCAGGUGCUAUUUCCACAUUUAUUCAAGUAUUGGCAAUGUUCACGGUCGGCGCUAUAUCGGAUUAUCGCGAUAACCGGAAAAAAAUCGUCGUUCUGUUCACAAUUACUGGUGUUAUCAGCUCCUUAGCGAUUGCAAUGCUUCCGAGUCACCUUUACGAGUUACACAUCCUCCUUUUUAUAUUUGCAGAUGUUUCCAACGUGCUGUGUGGUUCUAUUUACGAUUCCUUCUUACCCAUUUUAGUACGACAUUCCCAUAAUCCUGAUCUCCAUUAUCUUCGUCGUAACGAUGCUGGAAGCAUCCUUGAGGAAGCCUCUUCGUCAUCGUCCGAGGGAGAUGAAGAAUGUGCAACAGACGAAGAGGGUCCAGUGCUCUUGGAAAACAGUGUGGUUUUAGAUGCGAAACACCCUGAGGAGCACUUUCAUACGGCCCUCUCGACUAAGCUUUCUAGUUGGGCCUUCUGCGUUUAUUUUUCCUCAACACUUAUCUUCCAGAUUGUCUAUGUGUUCUUGUCGUACUUUAAUUAUUUUGAAAAAACACUUUUGAGAAACGGUGUGCUUAUCACCGCCGUCUGGUUGCUGCUCUCAAGUAUUCCACUUGCUUUGUUUUUGAAAACUCCUGUAGAACAAACGGCUUCAAGAUCGUUUUUCUCUCUCUUGUUUGGCAGCUGGUCCGAAUCUUUUCAAUCACUCAAACAUGCUAUGGAAAUUCCGGCCGUUCGAAUCUUCUUGUUUUCUCGUAUGUUUUUGGUCUGUGCUUUGCAAACAAGUUUGUCGGCUAUUGUCAUCUACAGUCGAGCGUAUCUUGGUAUGUCUAACUUUCAGCUCUUAAUUACGAUUUCUUCCUUUACACUUCUUGCUAUAUUCGGCACUCUUGGAUUCCCCACACUCACCAAGUCUCUCAAUCUUAGUUCCUUGCAAACAGUUAUUCUUGCCGCAUUUGUUUUGCCCCUUGCUCCAUUGUAUGGUUUGAUUGGUGACCUUCCUUUCACUGGUCCUCAAAUCGGUUUCACGAGUAUCGCAGAUGCGUAUGCUGUGACAAUCUUUUUGGGUUUCAUGGUCGGAGGAUUGCAUACCUAUUGUCGAUCCAUUUUUUCACAAUUAUUGCCCAAGGGACGCGAAGCUCGCUUUUUUUCCCUUUAUGCAAUUGUUUCGCAAACAGGCGUCUGCAUCGGACAAGUUGCUUUGGCAAUUCUGUCCAACGUAUUUGAACAACUCGGCCCCGUGUACAUAUUUUUGACAAUUAUUCUGCUUUCUACCUUAAUUGGCUUAUUGUUGCUUUACCGUCACAACCAUUUCCUCUAACUUUUACGCAGAUGGAUCUAAUCACCCGUUAGUUGAUGUCCCCUUUCAACUUAACUUCAAAAGAUUAUUAUAUCAUAUCUUCGGUGCUCUUUUAUUAUUCCUUAAUUUCUCAUAAUGCUUCAUAAUGCUCCAUAAUACCUCUCUAAAAUUAAUAUUAAUACUGAUUCGUUAGUGAGAAAUUGUCUAUCGAGAGUGUCAUCGAGAUGGCACCAAGCGAACUCAGUCUUCAUGUGUAUUCAGCAAUGUGCUAUAUUCUAAACUGC